AUGAAUGUCACUUAUCAGUAUCAAUGGGCAGCUGCUAUCGCGAAAAACGAUUGGAAUGCGCUGGAAACACAAAUUCGUUCGGGGCUAAAUGUCAAUAGAGGUCCUAUAAUUCAUACGGCCAUACAACAGAAACGGUACCGAAUCGCAGAAAAACUCAUUGAGCACGGCGCCGACGUGAAUAAAGUGAAUAGAAAAGGGAAGUCGCCGCUACAGAUUCUCAUAGAAAAUAACAAAUUCAACCCUCCGAAUGUUAAACACCGCAGAAGCUCUAAACGAGAAGCGUAUUUGAAACGGAAAAAAGAAUAUGCGGAAAAACUAAAAGCGAAGUCUCAAAUUGAAUCACUCAUUGAAGUCAAAGACGACGAAGAAAGCCAUUGUGUUGGCGCUUGCGGAGAUGGAGCUGUAAAGGCGGAGGAAGAUGCUACAAAUGCGCUUGCUCAGUGCUCUCUACAAACAGAAAAAGACGUAUCCAAGGUAGCGGAAGAUGUCGUAGAAGAACCCGUUAAAGAAAUGUCGGUUAUAAAAUUCGCGCGAUAUCUGAUGGAAAAAGGUGCCAAUAAAAUCAAUGGAAUUAAUGAUGGGCCAAAUCACCUGAGGUUCCAAGAGUUCUAUAAACGCAAAACGAAGUUGACACGACACGAAUAUGACGAUUUGCAAGACUUGAUUCGAUGCGGCAAUACUAUUUCACUAGAACGAAAACUUAACCAAGCAUUCACUGUCCACUCCGUUGGGCCAGAUGAGCGCUUCCGCAGAGGAAUGCUUCACAUGGCAGUAAUUGCGCCUUGCAUGGAAAUUGUGAAAGUUCUACUUGACCGUGGCGCUGAUCCCAAUUUGGAAGACGCGAAUGGAUGCACCCCCCUAUCGAUGAUUUUCUUUCCGAUUAUGUUCCACGAGCGACACAGGUACAAAGACGAAUCUCAGAUCCCUCGAGAACUUCUAAUGUGGAAUGAUCCAACUGGGCUAGCUGGAGAAAAAGGAAGAAAUGAUAUGCUUGUUUGCAUAGGCCAGCGCUUACUUCAAGCUGGGGCGAGAUUCGUGCCCGACCACACGCCCGAUUUGGAUAAGAAGACAUUGCAAGAAAAAUGGCCAAAUUGUCCAUUAAUCAUAUUUUGGCAUCUCUACUCAAAAGGGUCAGGAACUUCUAUGAUUCCAACAGAUCCGAUCAUUGCUUGCACCAGUCGGAAAAAAGCAUACAAAAAAACGAAGAAUGUGAAAAGCAAGCACGGAAGAAGAGUACUCUGUCCGAUCAAAGAAAUUUGA